AUGUCCAUGAACACGCCGAUCCCGGUCUCUCGGCGCGCCAACCUACGGAGGCUGUCUGAGGAAUUCGCGAUCGUAGUCCAAGAGGCGUUCCACGGCGAGUCCGAGCUCAAGGCACCCGCCUCCGUCUCGCUCGAGGCCGAGGCAGCCACUGCGGCCGCGGCGGGCCUCGAGGCGGACCUCGUCCUCAUUCACCCGAGCGGCACGAGCGGGACCCUCGCUGCCGGUCUCGAUGAACUCAUCCAGUCCCUCAAGCGGAUCGGUCUCCAGCCCGUCGCCGCAAAGGGCACCGGCUCGCGGCUCCUGCUCAUGAUCACGGCUCCGCUAGAGAGGCUUGAGCGCGAGGCGGAGCGGCUCGAGAUGGAUAUGCUGCUGCUCGACGAGGCCAAGUCGGAGACGGACCACCAGCGCGGCCAGCCCGCCUAUCGCGGCUUCACGCGACGGCGGCGCGAGCAGUUCGCCCUCAAGCAAGGCCGCCUCUUCUCCUCGCUCGAGCGGCAGCGACUCAUCUUUUCGAUGGUGGAGGCGACGGCCGAUCGCGUCCUCACCGCCUACCUCCCUCUCCACGACGCCAAGGAGCGCCGCAGCCUCCACCGCGGCUUCGCCCUGCAGAGCAUCCGCAUCUGGCCCUGGCGCGGCGGCGUCCUGCGCACCCGCCGCCGCCUGUUUCCGGACCUCGGCCUCUGCCAGAUGCCGCUGCACCGCAAGAUCGCCUUCUACUUCGGCUGGCUCGACCACUACACCGGCUGGCUGUGGCUGCUGAUGUGGGGGUCCCUCGCGCUCGAGGGCAUCUACCUCUUCGACGGGUGCGACUUCCUCGGCUCGGCGGCGCUCUCGCCGCCCGAGCCCGCCCUCUGCCCGGGCGACGAGGAGCGCACCCCUAGUAGUAGCACCGUCACACAUUGUGGCUGCCGGGGGCAGCACACGCUCGCCUUCCAGUGGGACGUGCUCAACUUUGAGCGCGACGAGGCGCCGCGGCCGCGCUUCGUCCAGGCCUUCCAGCCAGCCUUCCACCGCAUGAAGUCCAUCACCAAGCAGCGGGGCUUCUACAUGGCCGGGGGCGGCACGUCGCGCGUCCGCCGCUUCGUGCCGCACCCCGCCGGCGAGGAGAUGCUCGUCCUCUCGCCGUGGCGGCGGCUCUGCGUCUUCUUCUGCGUCGGCGCGCCGGUGCUGCUGCUCGUCGCCGCCACCACCGUCGCGGUGAUGCUCUCCAUUUUCUCGUUCCGCGCGCUGCUCCGGCUGGGGAAACAGUUCGAAGGCAACACCUACCUCAACUCGCAAUGGGGUCCCUUCAUCGGCGCGGCGCUCAACACCGUCUGGAUCUCGGUGAUGAACGCGCUGUACAAGCGGCUCGCAGCCUGUCUGAACGGCCUCGAGUACCACAGGACAGACACCGGCCCGCUCGUCUACGUCGCGUUCGCGAAGCCGAACUCGCUGACGCUCUUUGGCGGGUGGGGGUACACCGACCCGUACGGCGAACCGUAUGCGGACACCUGUGGCGCCCGAGGCAGGGACUGGUGGGCCUCGAUGAGCGCCGGAUCGCGCUGCAGCGCCGGCGGGGACGGCGGGGGCGAGGACUUCAUCUUUGUGCGCGACGACUGCUGGUCCGAGCUCCGCGUGACAAUGCUAUGCUUCAUGAUCUUGAAGCCGCUGCUCGUCCGCUGGCUCAACCUCUGGCGGCGCGCUCGAGCUCUCGAGAGGCAGUGGACGAAGCUGGCGGAAUCGGCGCCGGCAAAGGUCCAAAGGGGGGCCCGCCCGCCGCCGCCGCCGUCCCUCGCCACGAGCAACGAGGGCACACCUCGGGCGGUGUUGGCGGGCGGGCAAGCCGAGGAGCCGAGUGUCAACCGCAUCGCGAGUGCCGUCCGGCACGCGUCGCAGGAAAUGGAGUUCCGCUACGCGAUCGAGCGGCAGGCAAGUCUCGAUGCGCCCUUUCGACGGCACCUUCUCCGAGUAGUGGUCCAGUUCGGGUACAUCGCCCUCUUCUCGGCCUGCUUCCCGCUCGCCUCCUUCUGCGCGAUGCUGGCCAACUUCGUGGAGCUGCGCGUCGACGCGCACAAGCUCGGCUUCGAGGUGCGGCGGCCGCGCUACCUCGGCGCCAAGGACGCGGGCUCGUGGCAGCAGAUGAUGGAGCUCCUCUCGUGGCUCGCCAUCGUGGUCAACGUGCUGCUGCUCGCGACGUCGUGGACGUUCCGCGACUACAUCGUGACGCCGAUCGUCGCCGACCGCGACGACGCCGCGUGCGAGGUUGCGCCGCCCAACGAGCCGGAGGCGAUGACUCCCUUUGGCGUCUGGUCCGGUUUCAACAUCUCCUGGCACGACGACCGGUGCCGCAGUAACUACAGGCUCUGCUUCGCGGAGGUUGGGUCGGUGCCGUGGCUGCCCGCCUCGGAGUACCUCGACGCACUCGCCUACCGCUCGCAGCCCUUCGCGGACCUGCUCUGCGACCCGGCCGACCCGCAUUACGACGCGCGGCUCUGCUCGCUCUGCGGCGAGCGGCGGCACACGCCGUCCCGUGCACACGGCGGUCGCGCUGUGAGUGGAGACUCUUCACGCGUGAGGCCGCAGUGGGUGGCGCACGCGGAGGCGCGCGCCGCCUUCCUCGCGCAGCGCGCUCGCGACAAGGCUCGCGACGCGCGGCAGUCGGCGGUGCAGCUGCCGGAGGAGCCUGGGGACAUGCCUGGGGAGGAGCAGGCGCCGCUGCGGCGCGCGGCCGCCGCUGAGGAGCGGCACGACGCGGCCAUCCGCGCAGCAAAGGGCAAGCUCGGCGACAUCGAGGCGGCCGUCAACGCGCGGCUCGCCGAGGCCGACUGCACGCCCGAGCUCCCGCGCGGUGUCGAGCUUGUCGAGCAGCGCCGGCAGGCGCCCGACCCGACACCGCGCCGGCUGGGGAGGGGAGAGCCUCCCGCGCCAGAGACGCCGCUUGCGGCUGCGGCCGGCGACAUGACCACACCGCCGGUGUGGGGGAGCAGGAAGAGCAGCGGCUCUUACGACGGGCCGUAUGAGGAGGGGAUCAGCGCCCUCGAGCAGCGGCAGCUCAUGCGCCAAGCCGCCGAGAUGGAGGCCGCUCUUUCCCCCGACAGCCGCCAGUUCAUUUGA